GCACUCUGAUCAUUCUAACAGAGAGGCAGUCAGUGGGGGAGAGGGAUAGAGGCUUGAGGACAGGACGCAUAAGACUUAGCAAAGACAUCGGAAGCGAGCAAAGAUAAACCGUUUUUGAGUGCCACGAUGACAAAGUUAGGUCUGUUCUUACUGCUUCCCCUGUUGGUCAGUUUCACAUAUUCUCUGCCCAAUCAGGACUCCUCAGGAAUGGAAGAGUACCCUACCCUGCCCAGCCACGCAUUGACCCAGGCACCCACCACCACCGAGGCAAAGUCUCGCUUUGCCAUGCUGGAUGAUGUCCGUUUGCUGGCCAACGGUCUCCUGCAGCUCGGCCAGAGCCUCAGGGAGUUCGUGCACAAGACCAAGUCUCAGAUCAACGACAUCUUCGUGAAGCUCAACAUCUUUGACCGCUCCUUCUACCAGCUCUCGGUGGUCACCUCUGAGAUCAAGGAGGAAGAGGAGGAGCUGAAGAAGACCACCAACUUUCUAAAGACCAACAACGAGGAAAUUAAGAACCUGUCACUGGAGAUCAACUCCAAGAUAAAUGGAAUCCUGCAGGAGCGCGGGAAGCUGCAGAGCAAGGUGGGGAUCCUGGAGGAGCGGCUGCAAGGGCUGUCAAAAAGUGUGGUUCCUCCUGAACAACUCAGGGAAAUGGCGUCACUCAAGGAAGUGAUUGACUCUCAGGAGAAAACCAUCACAGAUCUGCUGAUAGCCGUGAGAGAGCAACACGACCAGCUUGACUACCAGAAAACCAAGAUUAAAAACCUGGAGGAAAAGAUGAACACAGACAACUUUCAAGACACAAUUGAGAAGGAUGUGGAUACAGACUCAGAAAAUUCAGAUAUGUUUGAUUAUCUGACAGGAAACUCAACUGUCAUGGAAACUAAAGAUAUCCCCACCGACUGUAGUGAACUGUUCAACCGAGGGGAGAAAAACAGUGGUGUCUAUACCAUAAUGCCAAAUGGGUCGGAGCCAUUCAACGUUUACUGCAAAAUUAAUCUAGAUGGUGGUUCAACAGUCAUCCAGCAUAGGGUUGAUGGCUCUGUGGACUUUGACCAAACAUGGGAGAAGUAUGAGUUUGGAUUUGGAGAUUUGGAAAAGGAGUACUGGCUGGGCCUGAGAAAGAUCCACAGCUUGGCCAUGCAGAGAAACUCAAUCCUGCAUGUGGAGCUGGUGGACUCCAGGAACGAGAGGCGCUGGGUGGAAUACCAGUUCCUGCUGGGUGGUCCUACCACCAAUUACGCCAUCUACAUCAGACGCCUGGCUGGGGACUUGCCUGACACCAUGGCCAAUCACACUGGAACAAGCUUCUUCACCAAGGACAGAGAAAACCUCAGGGACGUCGACUGUAUUCGCAACUACACAGGUGGCUGGUGGUUCAGUGCCUGCGGGGACACCAACCUCAACGGGAGGUACGUGUGGCUAAGGGGCAGGGGCCGCCAGUCGAGACGCAGGGGGAUCCAGUGGAAGUCUAGCACGGGCGCCUUCUGCUCUCUGAAGACAACCACCCUUUCCAUACGACCAGCUCCCUGGACCGACCACUUCAACUGAGACCCCUCAACGCUGCGACCUCUGACCCUUCCCAACGACUCUCUCUGUUGGCUUCCCCUCAAGCGAUAAAUAGUCUAGUCCUAAUGCCACAAUGGGUGAGGUCAUAGGGUGCAUGCGCAGUCAGAAGGUGACUUAGCCUAGGACUUCAUGUUCCAUGUUUUUAGCGGCCAUACUUUUACGUUGCUGCCUCAAAUAGACUGCUGUGUGACACCGUUGCUGUGCUGGCCAGCAGAUUUUUUUAAAAGGAGCCGAUCUGGAACAGAGGAGUAAAUUGCUGAGCUGUCAGCAGUGAUGCAACCACUUUGCGCAGGUCAUUGGUCUUUUGACCUCGGCCUGCUGCUGUUGACUCAUUGCAUUAUAGCACUGCCCACACAAAAAAAGAGAAACUGUGGAAGAGGGGCAGGGUGAUGCAAUUGCAGACAAACAGACUAGAAAGUGCUUCGCUGCCCAUUUUAGUAAUCUGAGAUGCAUCAAGACAGCUUUGUUUGUUGAAUUAUUCUAUUUUGAGUGUUUGUUGAAGUAGUACUGCAUGCUCCAGUAGAAUAGGACCACUCAUGUCCACAGGCUGAAUAUUAUAUCAACCAAGAACUGUACAGAAACCAGCAUGUCCUGUAUAACGCUCAUUAUCUCAUUAUACUGGAUUAUUUGCACAUGUAAGCAUGUUUAGAAAUAUUAUAUUUCAUGGAUAUGCAAAUUCCCGUACCCACAGAUGGAAUGUUAAACGUUUUUUUAUACACGAUAAUAUACAUAGAUAUCUUUGAAUAAUGCAAUACACUUGGAAAUGUGUUUGUUUGUAUUUAAUUUCCAGUCAUUUCCAUAUAUUGCCCUAUAUUUCUGAGUCAUAUUGACUUUUUACAUUCAACAAUCUGUAUUAUUCAUGUUCUGAUGAAGCAUAUUUAUGAGACAAGCCGUAAGCCUAAAUAAACAGCAUUUCAAAAUAA